AUGGGACGUCUCACCGCAUCUCAUGCCAUGAAGAGAGACUUUGGUGGUUCAAGUCCAGAUUGUGAGCUUCCCGAAAGGUUUCCAUCUGAAUUGGAGGAGGCCUAUAUAAAGAAAUUCUUUACAGUCUACUUUGCUGGCCUUGAAUCUUCUUUCUUGAGUUUGACUGGCUUAGUAGCCACCUGGGCAACCUUUGACUCUGAAGGGAGGUUCAAGGUGUUGCACAAGCUCCUUGGGGAGCACUUGACUUGGGGGGGAGUGCCCGCACCAUUAAGGGAGUUUGUGUGGCUCAGUCAUUCAUCAAAGCUUUCGGGUGAAAAGCUAGGUGUAAGUCCUUAUAUUCGGGGCUUACCUAGGAUACAGAAAGACUUGCUAUUUGCUAUGCCUAGACAACGGUUCAAGGAUUAUUUUGUCCUUGGUGACGUUUGGCAUCGGGAGCGUAAGGUCGUUGUUGAAUAUAGGAAGAUCUUAGGCAAUCAGGGGGGAUUGAAUGUCGGAUUAAUCACUUCACGGGAGAGAACGCGAGGGAUGAGCGAUGAUCGACCUACCGCUCCGUGGGCUUCGCCAGUUCCCAUGACAGUUGGUGGUGGGAAAGUAGAAACAGUUGUUCUUGAAGCUGUCCCUGGGGAAGUUAGAGGUAAGGGUGUAGGUAAGUUACCUUUAAAGGCUUUGGCGCUUUUGUCAAAAAUUCCUCAAACUGGUAAUGCCGCAUCUAGAGAGAUAAGCAGAGGGCUACGCGGCCAGAAAGAAAGAAAUCCUGGACCCCGAGGGUUAAAUCAGAGUUUCAUCUUGAGCAAUGAAGAUAGGGAACUUGCCCAUUACAAUAGCAUGAUUAAAAAAGCAUACGGUUUGUUCUUACGAAGACUAACAGAAUUGGAUGGGAAGGAUGGUUUGCAAGGAGGUAUACUGGCAGAGCAGGAAGAUAGGCAAAGGGGGAAGCGGCUAGAACUUCUCCUCCAACGUAGCUGGUAA